UCCGGCCGUUAGGCACGUUAACUUGUCGCCAUGUUCCAGAGGAGGGUGAGUUUAGGGAAAGACGGAGCCACCCUGUCAAUCACAAUUAAGGAACCAUGGGAGUAAACUAGCAGGAAAGCUCAGUGGAACCGCUGCGUUUACGGGGAAGCUCGCCUUAAUUUGCGCUGAAACUAUGCACCGGCGCAGCGUGGGACGUUUCCAGCCGAGCUCGCAAACUGGGAACCGCUCCACUUUGACGGGAAUCAGCGCGAGGCGUCACGCAUAACAACAAAAAAACUUAGCGACUCCCAGUCGGUAGCGCCUAUUUUCCUCUGUCCCCGGCGAAAAGACAUUUGUAGACGUCUGAUAUUUGUAGAAAAGGCGGAGCCUCGUAUCCCCUCCACGCUCAGGAUUUACCCGUUUAUCCCACAACUCGUGGAAAAUCUGGUUGGUGCAUUUCAAAGAGCUGCCGUGACGGCGAGGCGACUUUCGAAGCAGUGACGGUGGAAGGGGACACUCCCAAAACAAACGGAGCCAAACGGCACCCUCUCCGCUCGUACUCCAGGGAGAGCCAGAAGGGAGCCGAGAUGAGCGGGGGAGAUGUGGUGCACUCGGGCUGGCUCCGCAAGUCUCCUCCGGAGAAAAAGUUGAGACGUUACGCAUGGAAGAAGCGGUGGUUUGUUCUUCGCAGUGGCCGCAUGACGGGCGACCCAGACGUGUUGGAGUACUACAAGAAUGACCACGCCAAGAAGCCCAUUCGUGUGAUUGAUCUCAACUUGUGUGAGCAGGUUGAUGCUGGGCUGACGUUUAACAAGAAGGACUUGGAGCACAGCUUCAUAUUUGACAUAAAGACCUUUGAUCGUGUCUUCUACCUGGUGGCUGAUACCGAGGAAGAUAUGAAUAAGUGGGUUCGCUGCAUCUGUGACAUCUGUGGUUUUAACCCCACUGAUGAUGAAGCAGCAAAGGCUGCUCAUCAGUCAGCCCUGGGAGGCCUAGUGGUGGAUACUCCUCCACAUCCAGCACUAGGUAACAUUGUUGGUCCAGCGGCAGCUGUGCUGUCCAGUGUUCCUCCACCCUAUCAGCCAGUCAGCGUACGGCACCUGGACUCUCAGUCCAGUUCAGAAGAGCCUCAGGAUUACCUGUGGCUAGUUAACUGUGAGAGCAAAAGGCCUGAACCCAACAGCUCACUACAGCUUCAAUCUCCACUGGAAGGAGAUCAAGAGUAUUUACUCCUGGAGGAGUGUGAGAGCAAGACUCUUUCCCCACAGACUAGUGUAGCCCAUGCUGAGUGUUCCAAGUCUACCUCCUCAGAGACAGACCUGAAUGACAACCUCCCCUCUCACCGGACGCCUACUUCCACCUCCUCAGCUAAACACACCUCACACAACGGCUUCUUCCCACAGCACCCGGCGCCCGCUUCUGCCUCUUCCAUCUACGACUCGCCUCCAUCACGUGGUGCCUCCCUCUCGACAGACAGCGGCCUUUACAACCUGCCUCGCAGCUUUUCCCAGGACACUGUGCUACUCCCAAAGUCAGCCUCUUCCCCUCCAGCUCAUCCAGACAUUGGAGGAGACUCUGAGCUUUAUGUGUUCAACACACCAUCGCGGAAGCCCUCCAUGGAGACACAAAUGCGUAACCUAUCCAUCAGUUAUGAUAUCCCACCUACACCUGGCGCUAACUGCACCUACCAGGUGCCCCGCACAGUGUCUUCAUCUACAGCGCUUGGAGGCUCGGAGGGUGGGGGAGAUGUAGUCCCCCCUCCCAGACCACCCAAACCCUCGCUCAGUUCCACCUCAGGACCCCCACCACCUCCAGCUGAGCGCUCCCCCACGGACACCUAUCACGUGCCUCGCUCAGCCUCAGAGACUGAUGGAAACUACUGUGUGCCUACUAGUGCUGGGAAUAAGGCUUUACGCAGCAACACUAUUGGCACUGUGGACUGUGCACGCCUUCGCAGAGAUUUUGGAUCGCAGGACUGCUAUGACAUUCCUAGAUCAUUCCCCUCUGACAAAAGCUGUUCAUUUGACUUCAAUGAAAGCUUCAACAGCUACUUUAAAAACAAAGGAAUGAUGCCAGUGGGCAGCCAGUCCACCGAAGAGGUAGACCAGAACUACGUACCAAUGAGCGCUAACUCCCCAUCACAUCAUCAUUCAGGCAGUUUGCCAGAGCCAAUGCACGAAGCGAACUAUGUGCCUAUGACUCCAAGCACCAUAGAGUUUUCUUCUCUGGGAAAGCAGGUGCCCCCUCCUGCCCACAUGGGUUUCCGCUCCAGUCCCAAGACUCCUCCUCGCAGGCCAAUGCUCAUCAAUGAGUGCCAGCCCCCACCUGUGGAUCGGAAUCUCAAACCUGAUCGCAAAGGUCAGAGUCCUAAAAUAAUAAGAGCAAAAGGUGUCGGUUUAGAGCGAACCGACUCUCAAACCGUAGGUGAAUUCCCGAGGGGACGACGCAAGGGAAAACCUGCUCCACUGGAAAUCAAACCCCUGCCAGAAUGGGAGGAGCCCUGCACUCCUGUCCGAUCUCCUGUCACACGGUCAUUUGCUCGGGAUCUCUCUAGGUUUCCAAUGCCAACAAGACCCCCGUCAGUGCAUAGUACGGCCUCCAGCACUGACUCCGAGGAGUGUGAUGACAAUUAUGUAGCCAUGGUCUCUAAUAUGUCCGCAGAUGAACCAAACAUGAAGCUUGGAGCGCCCAUGACUACAGAUGGUGGAAGCAGCCCAAUGGUGAAACCGAAAGGAGACAAACAGGUGGAGUACCUGGAUUUGGAUCUCGACUCUGGCAAAUCUACCCCACCUAGGAAGAUGAAAAGCAAUGGAACUGGCAUGGCAGCAUCGGACGAGCGUGUUGACUAUGUGGUCGUAGACCAACAACGCACACAGGCUCUUAAGAGCACCCGGGAGGCCUGGAACGACGGUCGCCAAUCUACAGAAACAGACACACCUUCCAAAGGACCCAAGUGACCCACCCAACCCCUAAACCACUGAGCCUCGUCCCCUAGUGUAGGCUUCGGUUUAUGCUGCGGGAGGGUUCAACUGAUGCCUUCCACCUAAACAAGGUUCCUGGUCUGUUGCAACCAGUGUAGUUCUGCAAGUACUACAACUGUCUUUAGUUUACACUGCCAAGUGUCAGGUCUAGGACAGCACUGUGUGUACAGACAUGGAAAGGAGUGUAGGCCAGGAAUAAGCUGUACGUGGUAUGAAAGCAGGUGUAAUGACUGGACUUGUCUUCGGGGUUUGGCUUAAGCAGCAACUCCUGAACGUUCACUGCCUCCUAUAAUGGGUAAAUUCUUUCUUAUGUUCAUAUUCAGUAGCCUGUGGGCUGAUCCGGAGUUAGCAUUUCCUUAAAUUAUAAUGCUGUUGAUGUAGUUUUAGAGUAAAUCACUUAAUAAUAUGGUUACAAAGCACCAAUACAACACUCUACUUGUGGGCAUAGCUGGUUAACAGUCUUGAGUUUUUAAUUCGUCCUGUUUGAGCAGAUGAAUUCCUGUAGGCACUGUUCAUGUCAUAUUCUACUAUUUUUUUGCUCUCACUAAAUCAUAGUAGAUAGCUGAACUGACUGUGAAGGUGAGUCUGAUUCUCUGACAUAACCCAGUGCUACAGAAUCUUGGCAGGUUUUAGUACUUUUUUAAACAUUCAGAGGCAGGUAAACGUGUAUAUUUUACAUGUAACAAAGUGCUUGAUUAAGGCUUUGGAUUUAAUCAAGGUGUAAUCCACUGAAAUUUCCAUCUACUUUUUAAGUGGAGAUGCUUCACUCUGUUUUAAUGGAAGUGCAAAGACUGUACAAAAGUGUUAUGUAUAUAGACAAGAAAAGUGUCCUUUUACUUGUAUGGAAUAUCCAGCAUGUUUAACCUGAAGGUAUAUGGAUUCUGCAGGGUAGAAUCCUGUGCCUGUCGUAGGUGGUAUCAGGAUUUGUGAUUAAUGAAUGAAUUACUGUGAGUUUUUAAAAGAACGUAAUACGUUUCUCUAAGUUAUGCAAUGGUAUCAAACUUAGGCUGUUAAAAGAAAAACAGGUACUCUUCAUAAGUGCAAAGUAGGACGACUAUUCAUUUCUAAUUUAUUUUGCAAGUUAGUUCAUCAGGUGCACGAUGUCCACCUUUAGGUUAGUAUUCUUGAUUCAUUCAAACACUUGCUUAAGUCUGUUGGAAUUCUUAGUUUUUCAAGCGCCUGUCAAUUUGUUUCAUGAGUUCAGUGAUAAUCUUCCGGCUUCUUCUUCUUCCCUCCUCUUAGUUUUAAAUAAUUUCAGGUGGAGCUGCCAGUUUUGGAUUAUUGACUGACGUACGUAGUCGACUUAAGACCUUUUUACUCGGUGAAAAGGAUUUUGACUGCAUAUAGAACACUUGUGCUUUACUAACCUGUGAGCUGUCACAUGUGCCGUGAAGCAUGUGCUACCACCAUAAAUCAUGGCUGUACAUACUUUGCCGUCAAUUAGAAGAACACGUACUGUUUGAAAAAUGUGCCUACUAAGCCGCUUCAUUCAACGUCACCCUGUCCUUGUCUAGGUCUCAGACUGCAAAGCUGAUGAUGCUUUAUCUUUUUUAAUGAAUCUCAAGAGAAAAUGUAAAUUUUAAAAGUCGACUAAAUAAAAUCAAAUGUGUUA